UGCGCAGUGCAAACUAUUGCACUUCCUGUCAAGAUGGCGCUGAGCAGAGGAGCAGGACUGUGGAGGACAUACAGCAGGUUACUAUCCAUAAAACCUCUCCUGUCCCCACCUGCUGUCCGAACACAGAGCUCCGUUAGCGGGGACCUGUUGCCCCGGACUUCCCUGUCCAGCCCGCCGUGGUCAGAGCAGACGGUUUUGGUACCGGAGGAGGAGGAGCGGAGCCGACACGCCGCCGUGGUGAGCACCGUGAACCAGCGGAUCCACAGGCAGGACUUCGGCCGGUUAUUCGCCGUGGUGUACAUCGCGGGUCGUCAGUGGAAGGUCACCGACGAGGACCUGAUCCUGCUCGAGAAUCACAUUGAAGCGGAGUGCGGGGACAAGAUUCGGAUGGAGAAGGUGCUGCUGGUCGGCGCAGAGGAGUUCACCCUGAUCGGAAGGCCUCUGCUGGGGAAAGAUCUUGUCAGAGUUGAGGCCACAGUGAUCGAAAAGACGGACUCUUGUCCCAGAAUCCACAUGAAGUUCUGGAAAAGACACCGGUUUCAGCGCAAGAAGAUCAUCAUCCAGCCUCAGACUGUGCUGAGGAUUAACAGCAUCGAGUUGGCCCCCAGCCUGACAUGAUGAAGAUGAUGAGGAGGAGGAGGAGGAGGGGAGGCUGUAAUAUUUCACACACAGGAUGACAGUUUAUUUGAAUCAGUUUAUUGAUUAUUAAUACAUAAACUAACACGUUAAUGUCAGGGAUUCUGCUCAUGACUUCCAGAGUUGCUUAAAUGCAGCUAGAAAAAACAAGUUGACUCUUUGAACUCUGUUUCAUUUUGGAGAUAAAGCUUCAUCUUUGUAGAUGACUGACAUUUAAUUAUUCUGUUUUACCUGAGUUGUUUAUAAAUAAUAAAAAUCCUUAAGAGUA